GAUGGUGGUGGUGGGACUACGCGAAAUGUCAUCUUAAAUACGAAGAAGCGCAAAACUAGAAACGUCCACACGUGACAGUGACACGGCGCUAUAUGAGCAAAACGGCAGCAAGCAUCAGGACCAGUUGGGAGUCAGUCGCAGCUCAACCUCAGCAGCGCGCAAAACGCAGACUCACUCACUCACUCACCGGCUCUCAUUUUCCGCUUCAUAGCGAGCAACACAUGUGAGUUUGUUUCUGCUGCCUUACAGGACAGGACAAGCUUGAGUGAGGAAACGCAGGUAAACGGAAUCCAAGCUUCUCUCCUUUUUUUUUUUAACUGAGAGGAGGAAAGGAAAUCCCCCCUCCCCUUCACCGCUGCCACCUUUUUUCCUCCUCCUCGGACCUCUGUUCUCUUCUGGAGACACAAGUUUCUCACACAGAGAGGGAUGCUGCAUGUUGCCGCGCCGCGCUUGCACACAGAGGGAACCUAAAAAAAGUGGACCGGAGCGGAAUUACACUUAAUUUUAUGAAAGCGCACCAAAACGGACACUUUUAGUGACUGGAGGAUCAGCGCGCUCCAUAAAAUGAUCCCAGUCGGCGACGUGAUACCAUGUCGCAUCUCGUCUGAUGUUUGACACAUUUGAGGAUCGACUAAAGAAACUGGAGGAGGACAUUACAAAGUCAGAGAAUUCAUCCCAAGCCCAACUGGCACCGUUUUUACUGGACUCCGAACAACAGACCGCCGUCCAGAUGCAGUUUCGACUCUUCUCCUUUGCCCUGAUCGUAUUGAACUGUAUGGAGUACAGCAACUGUCAGGCGCCGUCGCACCGCUGGAGGAGAAACAAAAGAGCUAGCUAUGGAGCGUACCCCAUCUGUAAAGGCUGCUCGGUGUGCUCCAGGGAUAACGGCUGUGUAAACUGCCAGCCCAAACUCUUCCUGUUUCUGCGGAGGGAGAGGAUGAGGCAGUACGGCGAGUGUCUUCACGACUGUCCAGCCGGAUACUACGGCAUGCGCAGCCCCGAACUCAACAUGUGCUCCAGGUGCAGGAUAGAGAACUGUGAGUCCUGCUUCAGUAAAGACUUCUGCACCAAAUGCAAGUCGGGUUUUUACCUACACAAAGGGCGCUGCUUUGAUAAGUGCCCCGAGGGCUUCGCUCCAUUGGAAGACACCAUGGAGUGUGGAGAGGGCUGUGAGGUGGGUCAGUGGAGCGAAUGGGGAGCCUGCACCAGAAGAAACAAAACCUGUGGCUAUAAGUGGGGUCUGGAGACCCGGACGCGGCACAUUGUAAAGAAACCACCCAAGGACACAAUACCCUGUCCAACCAUCGCCGAGUCCAGGAUGUGCAAAAUGGCCAUGAGGCACUGCAGGAGAGGUGGUUCAGGGAAGCAACGAACCAAAGAGCCAAAGAAGAAGAACAAGCAGAGGCUGCGGUUUCGGGCCCAGAACCAGCACAGCGACCACUUGGCCUCUGCGCGCUCCAGCCAGUGAGGACUGAAAACUACCCAUCAAACAAAGAACCAACGCAAAGCUGCUAGCCGCUGCUGCACCCAUAUUCUGACUGACGACGAUCACGAACCCCGCCGCCUCCCCACCUGCCUCCCAGGCCUCCCCACACCUCCACCCUGCCCGCCGGGACACAGCCACGACUCACAAAUCCGUCACUCCAAAAAUAUACGCCGCAGAACGUGCGAUUUCAUGAGCAACACAGUGAACACAUGCUUCAUGCCUCUGCCUCCCGCUGCUUCUCCCCCUGCUGCAGUGACCAACCAGGUGACUCUGUUCCCCCCAACCCUUGCCUUUGCCUUGUGGACCUUUACAGUUGACAUUACUGAACUCACUUAACGUCAUUAACAAUGUCAUUAACCGUCCAGGGUGAUGGAAACCGGAGGGGCAACCAGAAGUACUGUGGAGGCGGGAGAGCCGGAAAGAGGGUGGUGGAUAGGUGAGGUAGUGAGGGAGUUGGCAAGCAAAACUGCUCGGGGAAGGAUGAAAUUAUGCUGGAGGGUGAAGAUGAAAAAGAGGUUCGGCUGAAGCAAAUGAUGCUGAUGGACAAGAAAAUGGCAUCUUGAACUGAGAGAGACUGUUUUUUGUUCCUAUAUUUAUGUCAAAGCUACGUUCACCUUCCCUCUAAACAGAGACGAAGUGUUCCCAUGUGUGGCCUUUAUGUUAUGUACAUUUUUGAGAGUAAUAUUAAAGAAAUUACCAUGCAUAGUUGCAAAGUAUUUUAUUCUCAGCACAAACUGUUUACGUUCAGACCGCUUUAUGCUCUAACUGUAUAGUGUGGAUUUAAAAAAUAAAAAAUUUAGUUGUUCGACUAGCAUGGCAACAGACUCGUGUACAUAGUUGAUUUAAUUAUGAAAGCUUAUUACUGUAUUUUCAGUAUUGACUCGUUCACCAUUCUAAAUGUUUUAGAGAUUAAAAAAAAGGUUGUAAUACAAGCUACAGAUUGAAAUAAUUAAAAACAAAUAAUAAACAUAGCCACCACAUAGCUAUUUCAUUUAUAUGGUAUAUAUUUGAUUUAUUUAUUAAUUCUUUUUUGUACUUUUUUGGUUCAGUGAGAAUUUUUUGCCUCAUACUGUUACUCUUAUAUGCUGAAAUAUUCUUUGAGUUCCUUAUAACAGUGCAUAUCUUUAACACGUGGAGAAGGUUUUUGUCUGUCACGCAAGUGUUGUAUUACAUUCAUUUGACCUCAUCUACUGAUUUUGAUGUUUUAAAGAGGAAGAAAAACAAGACUAAUGAAACUAUGCUUUGACAUAUUCUAGGUUUAUUAUUUAGGAUCCAGCAAAUGUAUGGUCAUAGGACUGCAUAUGUGUACAUUGUGUUUUAUUAAAAUACAUUUCAUGUGACUGUA